AUGGCCAACUGCCCAACACCUCCCCAAAACACUCUUGAGACCUGCAAAACAAACGAGCAGUGGAGCGGUCGAAUGGUGGCUCUGCUUGUUGUGGGCUGCGUUGGGAGCUUCUCUUUAGUAUUGAUUUCUUCUUUCUUUCUCUUCAGAUAUUGUAAACGUAGAGGUUGUCGCGUCCACGAUUCUGGCCCCAUGGAAGAUCCCACCGUCGUCGACAAUAGUCGUCCGACGGCGGAAAUUGGGACCAACAGAGUUUUGGAAAAGAGAUUGAGCCAUUUAAUCAGCCUGGGAAAUGGGGGCCAAUUGGAGGACUUCCCACUCUCAGUUCUUCUUGAAGCCACAAACAAUUUCUCUGAAGAUCACAAAAUUGGAACGGGAAGCUUUGGAUCGGUUUAUCAAGCAGUUUUGAGUGAUGGUCGAGAAGUGGCCAUUAAAAGAGCUGAAACCUCCACCAUCUCAUCCUCUGCUUGGGGGACAAAGCGACAAGAAGACAGAGACAAUGCCUUCCUUAAUGAGCUUGAAUCCUUGUCUCGCAUCAAUCACAAGAAUCUUGUACGCCUCCUCGGAUUCUUCGAUGACAGCCAUGAGAGAGUCCUAGUCUACGAGUUCAUGAGCAAUGGCACCCUCCACGACCACCUUCACAAGCUCCACCAAUCCUCCCCGCUCGCCGCCUCCUGGGGUCGCCGCAUUGCCGUCGCGCUCGACGCUGCCAGAGGGAUCCAAUACCUCCACGACUACCUUUCCCCGCCAAUCAUCCACCGCGACAUUAAGUCCUCAAACAUCCUCCUCGAUGCUAGGUGGACGGCCAAAGUCUCCGACUUUGGACUCUCAUUGAUGGGGCCAGACGAUGACACAUCCCACCUCUCGCUACGCGCAGCAGGUACCGUAGGGUACAUGGACCCAGAGUACUACCGUUUGCAACAGCUAACUACGAAGAGUGACGUAUACAGCUUCGGAGUGGUAUUGCUUGAGUUGUUGUCGGGGUAUAAGGCAAUCCACAAGAAUGAGAAUGGGGUGCCAAGAAAUGUGGUGGAUGUGAUGGUGCCAUACAUUGUGAGGGAUGAGAUUCAUAGAGUUUUGGACCCAAAAGUGCCGCCGCCAUCGCCGUUUGAAAUAGAGGCGGUGAAGUAUGUGGGGUAUUUGGCAGCGGAUUGUGUGAUUACGGAAGGGCGGCAUCGACCUUCCAUGACGGAUAUUGUAAAUUGUUUGGAGAGGGCAUUGGCCGCUUGCUUGCCUCCUGUCACUCUCUCUAGAUCAUCUACUGACUCUUCCAUGUAACUAAACAUUUAUUCAAAUCAAAUUUCAUUCAUUCAA